CAGGAAACGCUGUCCUUAAGCACCUUUUCUCUACACAGGCGCCUCCUUCCUGGCUCUGCCAAUCCCAGCCAGGCCAGCCUGCCCCGUGAGGCCCCUGCAGACAGAUGCUGGGCAUCCCCUGGGCCAAGAGACCACGCUGGGGACAGUCACGGGACCUGCCAGGUGGAAGCCACCAGGGCAGCCCCACAGACGCUGCACCUUCCCCCCUGGUGUCCCGGGGGCCAGGCUCAGCCAGGGGCACCGGCCCUGCCCAGGACCAGCCGAGUGUGAGGAGCAGAGUGAGGACAAGUCACAGCAAGGGAAGCAGAAAUAAUGAGGGUCCUCCCAGCCACAAACACCAACACGGAAGGCGUUGCUGAGUCUCGUGCUGGGAAAACACAGGCGCCGGGUGUAUAAAAGCCCCAGAGCCCAGCAGCUGACAGGCUCACACACUCACACACUCCCCCACUCACACACACCUCCUCCAGCUCACCUCCUCCACACCCCAGCAUGGCCGCAUCCACCAUGUCCGUCUGCUCCAGCGCUUGCCCCGACUCCUGGCAGGUGGACGACUGCCCAGAGAGCUGCUGCGAGCCCCCUUGCUGUGCCCCCAGCUGCUGCCCCCAGGCCUCCUGCCUGACCCUGGUCUGCACCCCAGUGAGCUGUGUGUCCAGCCCCUGCUGCCAGGUGGCCUGUGAGCCCAGCCCCUGCCAAUCAGGCUGCACCAGCUCCUGUACGCCCUCAUGCUGCCAGCAGUCUAGCUGCCAGCCUGCUUGCUGCACCUCCUCCCCCUGCCAGCAAGCCUGCUGUGUGCCCAUCUGCUACAAGCCUGUGUGCUGUGUGCCCACCUGCUCUGAGGAUUCUUCAUGCUGCCAACAGUCUAGCUGCCAGCCAGCUUGCUGCACCUCCUCCCCAUGCCAGCAGGCCUGCUGUGUGCCUGUCUGCUGCAGGCCCAUCUGUUGUAAGCCCAUCUGCUGUGUGCCCAUCUGCUCUGGGGCUUCCUCUUCAUGUUGCCAGCAGUCUAGCUGCCAGCCGGCUUGCUGCGCCACCUCCUGCUGCAGACCCUCCUCCUCGGUGUCCCUGCUCUGCUGCCCUGUGUGCAGGCCUACCUGCUGCGUACCUGUCCCCUCCUGCUGUGUCCCCACCUCCUCCUGCCAGCCCAGCUGCUGCCGCCCGGCCUCCUGCGUGUCCUUCCUCUACCGCCUCAAGUGCUCCUGCCCAGCCUGCUGAGGCCUCUGCUCAGGCCAGCUGCUGAUGACCCUGGAUGUCAUCCAGAGUCCCUUCCCACCUGGGACUGACCUCCCAGCUACUACAGCCAGCCCUCCCCUCUCUGACACACUCAGAGAAUGAGGCAGACUCUUUGUCUCAGGGACCAUGAUGUUCCCCCAGUCCUUCCCAGAUGCUGGCUGCACGGGGGACCCCAGCUGUGCCCCCAGAUCCCAGCUCUACAGAACCAACCCACAGCAGGCCUGGUUUCACCCUCGGUAGCAUCCCAUCUGAGUCUUAAUAAAGCUGCCUGUCUCACA